CUUCCUGUCUCUGCUCUCCGUGGUGGGGAGCAAAUGUCACCCUCUCAUGAGAAACAGGUGGAGGAUUUUAGUGGGCUGUAAUUAAACCCAGAAGUGUUUCUGGAGGAGCUUUUUGAUGAGAUUGCGCGGCGUGGGAGCCGAGGGUGCUGAGCGGAAGGGGCCGGGGGGGGAGAUGCUCCGCGGAGCACAGAUGGGGCUGGGGGGCUGCUCGCCUUUAAAGCCCCAUCUGAGCAAGAUCUGAUGAGAACUCAAAGCUCUUGGGGGGUCAGCAUGAUUUCGAGACAUCAAGAGCCUGACUUUGCCCCAGCUCCCAGCGGAGGCAGUGUCAGCGGGUCUGGGGUUUCUGUGCCUUUCCCCCCUGGUUGGGUGGGGACCCCCCUGGGGGGGCUGCGCUGUCACCCGCCUCUGCGUGACGCCCUCCUUCGCCUUCCCCGUGGUGUCACAGUGGCAGGGAGAGGUGGUGGCCCAGGCAGCGGCGUGGGGCCGAUGCGUUCCACGUUUUUGCUCAGAAAAGGGAAUUCGGUCGCUGUGGUGCUUGAACGUGCUCCUGCACAGCCCCGGCGCUUCUCCCAGCCCCAAGGAUGAACCAGCCACUUGCUCCUUCUGGCUUCCACGGAGCAAUGACAGACACCAACUGUUCUUGUUUUUCAAGCUCUUUUUUCGCUCUGUCCUUCCCUAAAUCCCCUUCCAGCCUCCAUGUAUUUCUCUGGAGAUGAGAGCGCGGGGCCUCCUUUUCUCCCAGACGCCUGCCUGCUGCCUGGGGUACGUCUGUGCUGCUGGAGAAGGGGUUGGAGGCUGCAGGAAUGCAGCGGUGUGCGCUGCCUGCGCCGCACUGAGCUGCUCUAAGGGGCUGCUGCUCUUCCCGGGGAGAUCCCUGAGCCGCAGGCCACGGGACAGUGUCUUGGCCUUGGUCUCUGCCCACUUUGCAAACUCCGGAGGGGACAGAGUCAUCCCAGGCUCUUUGCUUUCACAGAACAUCCUCUUCGCCUCUUUUUCCCCUUCUUCCAUCCUAAACACUUGGCUUUUCUUUCCCCCCCGAAGGGUGCUCCUGCAGUCUGGGGCUGAUUUAUACCAGUAAACCCUGCACGAUGCCGCCCAUCACGUUCCAGGACCUGCCACUGAACAUCUACAUGGUGAUUUUUGGCACUGGUAUCUUUGUCUUCGUGCUCAGCCUCAUCUUCUGCUGCUACUUCAUCAGCAAACUGCGGCACCAGGCUCAGAGCGAGCGGUUCGGCUACAAGGAGGUGGUUUUGAAAGGUGACGCCCGGAGGCUGAACGUGCACGGGACCUGUGCCGUCUGCCUGGAAGAUUUCAGGGUGAAGGAGGAGCUGGGGGUGCUGCCGUGCCAGCACGCCUUCCACAGAAAGUGAGUGCGGCGGCGGGCGGAGGGGCG